AUGGAGUACCUCUCAUCCCUAAACCCCAGCGGUCUGCUCAGGUCGGUAUCCAAUAUGAGCUCUGAGUUUGGCCGGAAAGUCUGGACUUCAGCUCCACCACCCCAGCGACCUUUCCGAGUCUGUGAUCACAAGCGGACCACCCGGAAAGGUCUGACAGCUGCCACCCGCCAGGAACUGCUAGACAAGGCACUGGAGGCCCUGCUGCUGAGAGGGAUGCUAACACUGGUGCUGGAGGAGGAUGGGACCGCUGUGGAGAGUGAGGACUUCUUCCAGCUUUUGGAGGAUGACACAUGCCUGAUGGUGCUGGAGUGCGGGCAGAGCUGGAGCCCCAGCAAGAGUGGCAUGCUGUCAUAUGGCCUGGGCCGGGAGAAGCCCAAGCACAGCAAGGACAUCGCCCGCAUCACCUUCGACGUAUACAAGCAAAACCCUCGAGACCUCUUUGGCAGCCUCAAUAUCAAAGCCACGUUCUACGGGCUCUACUCCAUGAGUUGUGACUUUCAAGGACUCGGCCCAAAGAAAGUACUCAGGGAGCUCCUCCGUUGGACCUCUGCACUGCUGCAAGGCCUGGGCCAUAUGCUCCUGGGAAUUGCCUCCAGCCUUCGCCAUGUAGCAGAAGGGGCCGAGCAGUGGCACUGGCAGCAGCAGGGUCGCCUCCAUCCCUACUGAGAAGGGGCUCUGAGCUGCUUUCUGCCGCUAGACUCACUGCAAGAGACAUACUGUGAGGACUGUGAGGGCAUCGGCUUUGGAGAUGUGAGGACAGUGUAGAUGAGAUGACUCACCUGAUUUCCCCCACUGUCUUCUGACCCCAUUGUUAUAGGCCCCAUCAGCAUGAGGCCUUCCAGCCCUAGCCUAUACCCUUUCCUGAAGAAUGCUGUUCCCUUCCCAGCCAGCUUUCCGGCCUCCCACUUACCCUGAAAGGCCACAAGCCCAUCCCCAAGCAUCUCAAUUCCACCCUGAUCAUUGCUACAUCUAGAUUCUUUGCACCUCCUCCUGUCCCUAAGCUUCCCAAUGCACUGAAUUCGGCCCUCUUUGACUUUGUCUCGAUUUCUUUAUACACUUCUCCCCAAAAUAACAAAAACAUUUCCAAUA